AUGGGCUUAUCUUCGGCCGUUUUUUUCCUUUUAGGUCUUGCAGCACAUGUAAGCGUGCCUUCCAGGCUUCCCCUUUCAUUAAAAUUUUUAUCUCCUUCAAUCGGUUGGCUCUUUACUAGUGCUAUUCUUCGUCGGAUUUCGCCUCUUUUAUACAGCCUAAUACUUGGGAUUCAGGGUCUUGCAACGUUUUGGUGGUAUUUCAAAUUUGGAGAGUCCAAUACCCCUUUCCUUCGCAUGUUAGCUUGUCCUUUUAUAAGCACAAUAUUGGGUGGGUUGACUAGCAUGGCCUACUAUGUUCCGAAAAAUAGGCUUGGUAUUACUCUCCUAAUGAUAUACCAGUUCCGGUCAGUCCUGGGUGGCCUGAUUAUGUUAGUGGUUUUUCCGGCAAGUACCAUACAGUUUCUCGUCAGUCAAAAGAAUCGAGAAACGAUUUACGACAACACUUAUUCACAUCUUGUUAACCAACUUAACAAACGUGUCGAUCGCAUCAAAAUCCCCUCUGAAGAUGGAGAGAGCUUGGAUACGGUGAUUGUCAGGCAGCCUUAUGACACAUCACGCUGGAUUAUGUAUUUUGGUGGUAAUGCUGAGUUUUUAGAGUCUUCUCUGUUCGAAAACUCAGCUUUUGCUGAUCAAAUUCGCGCGAAUCUCAUUUUAUUUAAUGCCCGUGGGGUUGGGCGUAGCAGUGGUUGUGUUUCACAACUUAGUGAUCUUGUAAAGGACUCUUUGACGGUUGCACGGCAUGUUGUUAAACGAGAGCGCAUUCUGCCGUCCAAUCUAGUUCUGUUUGGUCACAGCAUUGGUGGGGCCCUGGCUGCCGAGGUUGCAGCUUGUGGUUUUCCGACAAGCAUACUCGUGCUUGAUCGUUCGUUUUCUAACUUUUACGACGCUGCAGCGCUUUUUUCACCCUUUACACCGGCCGUCACGAAGUUUAUCCUGUUUCAUUGCAUAGGGGAGCUCAACACCAUCCGCUCUUGGAAUUUUAUUCAGCAUAAUCGUAAACUCAUGUUGUACGCGCGAAAGGACGAGAUUAUUCCCUACCAAACGGCAUCCAUCGCCCGUCUACUUCAAUUUCAACCAGAUGGGCAGGAUUCUAAAUAUGCCCUCGAGCUUCAUGGAGAUAAAAUUCUAUCGUGGCACAACUCACCUUUGUUUGCGUUCUCUGAGAAAGAUGCUGUGGUUGCCUACCUAAAUCGUUGUUUCACAAGUGAGUAA